AUUGCCAGCCAUGAAUCAAUUCGCAUUGUGCUGCCUGCUCAUUUUGGGUCUUCUGGGCAUCCUUGCGGCCCCCAGCGCCGCCCUGCCAUCUCGUCACACUGGACCAGGAUACGGAUCUGGACCUGGAGCCGGGUCCGGCAAUCCUUUCAGGUCUCCAAGCGCACCGCAACGUCCAUUUUACUACGACGCUCCGGUUGGACAGCCGUCGAGGACUAUGUACGCUUAACGUUAUGAAUGAAACAAUAAAAGAUUUGGAACGGCUAAACUAAAUUAAUCCCCCAGUUUUCUUAUCACAAGCCGGAGCAGCCUUCAUUCACAUCUGCGCACUAGUUAUAAAAAGCGAAAUGUUUAUUUUAAUAUAAAUAUAAAUAUAAAUAUAAACUUCAUAUCAAAAA